AUGGGAGGCAGCAGUGAGGACAACAGCAAUUCGUUGUCUCCACCCUUAGAACGAGAGAAAGAAGGACGAAAAAAUGCACAAGGAUUUCUUUGCACCCCUGUUCUCAUGCUGAUUUCUACAGUAGUCAUAGUUGGCCUUCUGGCACUUUCCUGCCUAAUAACCUAUCUGUUCGUUCGAACACAAUUCGAGCACCGCUUGUCUGACCUUGAAAAGGGAGGUCAAAGCACGGAAAAUUUACAAAAUGCGACUUUCAUCACUUUGAAAGCCCUGCGACUUCCAAAGAAUCUGAAGCCAAUAUCAUACAACCUGGUCGUCAGAGUCUACCUACCCUUCUAUGUAGACUAUCCAGUCGACAAAAAUCUCACAACUGAUGGAGAAGUGGUCAUUGAAAUUGUCGUUUUGGAGCCAACAAAUAAAAUUAUCCUGAACAUGAAGGAGAUUCAGAUAUUAUCGGACAAAUGCGAGGCGCACUCAAAUGGUGCUCGGAUUCCUAUCAAAAGCGUAGAAGUAACAGAACGCUUCGAAAAAGUAACUUUCGUACUUGCUGAGACUUUGCAUGUUGAUCAAAAAGUGAACUUGAAGGUGGUGUUCUCAGGUUUGGUGAACGAUGGCCUCACAGGACUGUACAGAACCUACUACAACGAUUCACAAGGAAAUCCUAAAAUCGCUGCUAUGACAAAGAUGGAGCCGGCAGAUGCACGGAGAUUUGUGCCUUGCUUCGAUGAACCAGAAUAUAAGGCAAUAUGGAAAGUAACCGUUAUUCAUCCUAAUGGGACAAGAGCGAUUGCUAAUGCCUUCGAAAUCAGUGAAACUACAGAAGCAGACGGAAAGUGGAAGGUAUCAACAUUUGAGCCAACACCCAUCAUGCCAUCUUAUCUUCUCGCCAUAUUUGUAUCAGAGUUUGAAUUUGACGAAUCUUACACGAAAAGAGGUGUGAGGUUUCGUGUAUGGUCCACUCCUGACACCAAGGAUAAGAGAAAGUAUGGAUUAAAAGCAGCAGUGACUUACAUGGAAACACUUGAAAGAUAUUUUGAUAUUGAAGAUGUUAUGAAGAAACAAGAUUUGGUUGCAAUACCAGAUUAUGCAUCAGGAGCUACGGAAAACUGGGGUUUAAUCGCAUUCAGGACAUAUUUGUUAUUAUUGACUUCAUUGCCUAAUUCUACAAAUAUAAACGAUUGGACUGAAGGAACGGUCAUAGCUCAUGAACUGGCUCAUCAAUGGCUUGGAAAUCUGGUUACAAUGAAGUGGUGGGAUGAGUUGUGGAUCAAAGAAGGUUUUGCUAAUUAUUUCGAAAAUAUGGAACUGAAUGAGAACAGAGACAUGCGAAUUAUAAGAAACGAAAUCGUCGCUGGUUUGGAUUACUCAAUGGAAAAAGACUCUCUUGCUGCAAGUCGUCCAAUUUCAUCUAUUAUGGACAUGCCUAUAGAGUUGGCCGAAAUCUACGACAUAUUAUCUUAUGAUAAAGCAGGUUCUAUCAUUUCAAUGAUCCACGACGUGAUUGGAGAACAGAACUUUCGAAAAGCAAUGAUUCACUACCUCAAGAAAUUUGCCUUCAAAAACACAUGCGUAGAUGACUUGUGGAAAGCAUUCGACGAAGUUGUCGAAGGAGUCGAAGGUCCUGAUGGAAGAAAAUUGAAUUUGGUUGAUGUUGGUGGUCGGUGGUCAAAACAGAUGGGUUUCCCGCUUGUGACUGUGGAGCAUUUCAACUCUACUACGUUGAAGAUAAAGCAGGAAAGAUAUUUGAAGAAUCCCAAAGCCAUUGAACCACAGAAAUAUAUAUCUUCAAACUAUGGGUACAAAUGGGAUGUUCCUCUAUGGUAUCAAUGGGAUGACAAGCAAUUGCAUUACAAGUGGCUGAAACGAGAUGAACCGUUGUAUAUACAAAUGAAACCCAAAGAUGUGCCUAUUGUCAUUAACGCCGAUAGACGCAGUUACUUGGCUCAAAACUACGACGCUGAAGGUUGGAAGAAGAUAAUAAAACAACUUCGUGAAAAUCAUGAGGUCUACACUCCGUAUACAAGAUAUGCGAUUAUCAGUGAUGCUUUUACGGCAGCUCUCAUCGAUCGAGUAGAUUAUAAAAUUGUGUUCGACCUCCUUAAUUAUUUGUCUAAAGAGGAGGAUCACUUAGUGUGGAGGGCUGUGGAAAGAGCGUUUCGUAGGAUAAAAAAACUAUUUGGUAACAAACGUGGAAAAGAAUAUUUUCACCUUUAUACUAAUCAAAUAAUGGAAAAGAGGGUCACACGCAUGUACUCCUCGUACAUAAGAGGUCAAGCUGCCACAGCUAUGAAUGGUAGCAGUGUAGAGCUCAAACAUCUACAAUACGGCUGGAAGGAAGGCUCAACUGGAGCGUUAAAGUCUUUAUCGUCCAUGGAACUGAAAUAUGCGACUUCUCUAGUUGAAUUUUACUGCGAGGGUAAUGCAAGUUUCUGUUCUUCGGCCUUUCGAUCACUUUUUGAAACAGAAGUUCUUCAUCGAUGCACGGGAAGUGAAAAAGCCAGUCAAUGUGUCAGGAUUCCUAAGCCUUUCCGAAGAUCCACGUACUGCCAAGGAGUAAAGCAAUUAGGGAGUACUGCAAUAGGGAAGAUAAAGUCUUUGUACAAAAAUGAAGAUGAUGCCGAGGAAAAGGACAAUCUUAUGAAAGGGUUGACAUGUGCACAGAAAAUUGAACAUUUGAAGGGUUUACUGCGAAUGGCGAUUGACAAGAAUGGAGGGGUUCCAGUGCAGAGUAUUUCUAGGAUUUUUAACCGAGUGGCACUAAACCCACUUUCAAAUGACUUCUUAACCCAUUUUUUGUUUGAGAAUUGGAAAGCGAUCUGUAACAGGUUAAAAAAUCAUGAACGUUUUCUCCAAAGAGUGAUUGGUGCAUGCCUCCUCAACAUGCAUUCGAAUGCAGAGAUAAUGCUAGUGAAACAGUACCGAAAAAUUAUUCCUGUCCUACAACAAUCUAACAUUGUCAAAGUUCGUUUGGAAGAGGCUGAACACAGAAUAAGAUGGUUAGAAAAACAUUCAAAAAAGCUCAUCAAAUUCUUUAAAUCUGUAACUAGUAAUGCUUGA